UUGUUUUGUCGUGUAAACUAAAGUUGUUUUGUCUAAUGUGAUAUUUAUUUAUUGUGGCUGUGACAUCGUAAAGUUUUAUUGGUUAUAAAAUGGCUUUCAACUAAAGAGAAAUUGUCUUCGUGUUUGAAAAAUAUAGGUUAUAAAAGAUAUCAAGAUGUAUGGUCUCCUGCUAGAGAACAUGGCGGAGUACAUCCGACAGACAUACGGCGAGGAACGCUGGGAGGACAUCCGGCGACAGGCGGGCGUCGAACAGCCCUCGUUCUCCGUGCACCAGGUCUAUCCAGAGAACCUCAUCGCACGACUGGCAAAGAAGGCGCAGGAGGUCCUGGGCAUUUCGGAACGUGAAUUCAUGGACCAAAUGGGAGUGUACUUUGUUGGUUUCGUAUCCCAGUACGGCUAUGAUAGGGUACUGUCAGUUCUUGGACGACAUAUGAGAGACUUUCUCAACGGUCUUGAUAAUCUACAUGAGUAUUUAAAAUUCAGUUAUCCAAGAAUGCGUGCGCCAAGUUUCAUUUGUGAAAAUGAGACUAGACAUGGUCUUACAUUGCAUUAUAGAUCUAAACGAAGAGGAUUCGUCUUCUACGCGAUGGGCCAAAUAAGAGAGGUCGCUCGACAUUUUUAUCACAAGGAAAUGCGAAUAGAGUUAGUGCGUGAAGAGUUGCUCUUCGACACAGUACAUGUCACCUUCCAGCUGACAUUUGACAACAGAGCGUUCACAUUGGCUUCACUUGCUAUGACACGGGAAGAAAAACAUCUCCCAAUCAGCGCCUCCGUACUCUUCGAGAUAUUUCCAUUUUGCAUCGUCUUUGGAUCAGAUAUGGUGGUACGUAGUAUCGGGAACUCUCUGAUGGUGAUCCUACCAGAUCUAGUGGGGAAGAAAAUUACCAAUUGGUUUGACCUUGUACGUCCUUUGAUAGCGUUCAAAUUUGAAACCAUAUUGAAUCGUACAAACAAUAUUUUUGAAUUAGUGACUGUGGAAGCAGUAAUGCAUGAAAAGGCACCGGACAAAAGGAAUGAAUUACUGCGACUUUCUGACGAAUCUGACGGUACUACGGAAAAGAAUCUAAGACUAAAAGGUCAGAUGAUCUACAUGGAUAAUUGGCGCAUGAUGAUGUACCUAGGCACACCCGUGAUGCCCGACCUCGCGGCUCUCGUCUCCACUGGAUUGUAUAUCAACGACUUGUCUAUGCACGACUUUAGCAGAGACCUAAUGUUGGCUGGUACACAACAAUCAGUUGAACUGAAACUGGCGCUAGAUCAAGAACAGCAGAAGAGUAAGAAGUUGGAAGAGUCUAUGAGGAAACUGGACGAGGAGAUGAAGAGGACCGACGAACUGUUGUACCAAAUGAUACCAAAACAAGUAGCUGAUAGACUUAGGAAUGGGGAAAAUCCAAUCGAUACUUGCGAGAUGUUCGACAGCGUGUCCAUCCUCUUCUCCGAUGUUGUCACCUUUACGGAGAUCUGUUCCCGCAUCACACCGAUGGAGGUGGUGUCAAUGCUCAACGCAAUGUAUUCCAUUUUUGACACACUCACUGAAAGAAACCGGGUUUAUAAGGUGGAAACAAUAGGAGAUGCCUACAUGGUGGUAUCUGGAGCUCCAGAGAAGGAAGACAACCAUGCAGAGAAAGUGUGCGACAUGGCUCUUGAUAUGGUGGACGCUAUUACUGAUCUUAAGGACCCGAGCACAGGUUCCCAUCUCUCUAUACGAGUGGGGGUACACUCAGGUGCGGUGGUGGCAGGUAUAGUUGGUCUGAAGAUGCCCCGCUACUGUCUGUUCGGAGAUUCAGUGAACACAGCAUCCCGUAUGGAGUCAACUUCCGAAGCUAUGAGGAUACACAUCUCACAGACCACGCAGGAGUUACUCUCGCCAUCGUAUAAAGUUGUUGAAAGAGGAGAGAUACAGGUUAAAGGGAAAGGUGCAAUGAAGACAUUUUGGUUGGACGGAAGAGAGUCUCGACCGUCUCUUACAAAAAUGAUAUCACAAUUACAACCCGUCACAGAACUAGAGUGGGAACGAGCCGCUGACGUCAGAGAUAGCAUCGCAGAACACUCCGCACAGCAACACACAAACAAAGAAUACAAUGCAAUCAAUUCUGCACCCAAUUCUCUAACCGUUAACGUCGGGAAUACUUUGAACUUAAACAAAGAUUACCAUCUACCGAACGCAAUCAAUUCUCCACCUAAUUCACUAGUCAAUAGCGUCGGGAAUCCCUUACAGCCUGCGACACCGAGGAACCAGGCUCCAACUGUGACGUCACCUGUGGAAGAGAGACGGAUGUAUUCCCCUGUCACGUUCCAGGACGUAGCGAGGCGCAGUAUUGCCAAUUCACCGAACAGAGUUGAAAGAGAACGAGGAGAGUUCUUGGAGCAAUACCAAAAUAAACAAUACAAUCAAACAGUAAAAGAGUCAAGAUCAACAUCAGCCAGUGUGGGAGGCAUUUGGACAGACGCGGAGUCAUUGGACCCCCCAACUACAUUGGACAGCUUGAAUUCCUCAUUCUGUUACAGUACGACGUCAGCUUGUAGAGCGGCCGCGCCCACGCCUAAAGACAGGGAACAAGACAACUGCCUCCUCGAGACCAGGUGUGCAGGCAAUGUAACACCCGAGCAAGCAACCACUGACUCCUGUCCCGCGAUACGAGCUGACUCCACGCAGACUCCGAACAGAGAAGAUGAAAUCGAAACCGACACAGAAUACGUAGAUGCGAACACUGACUCGGGUCAUGUUUGUACAAUAUCAGAAAACGUGGAGACAAAUCUGCCAAAGCAAGGGAAAGUGGGUCGUUUUAAAGCGCGGAUAGCGCCCGGACAUCACAAACUGUGCACUUCUAAAGUGAAACAGGAGUCAAUUAAAGACAAGAACCCACCAGCGCCCUCCAGCGUGCUGCCUCACGGACAUCACCACACCAAGAACGUCAACCACCACCAGUGCUGCGGCGCCUUCGGGAACCCACACAUCUCAGAUAAGUUCACGACAUGCCAAAAAGAAAUUCCAAAGAAUACUGUAAUGGAGAAGAUUAAGUCGCAAUUUAAAAUGAGCUUUACUCGUUGACAAUAGAAGAUAUAUUUCAAUGAAAAAUAUUAAACGAUUACAUAAUAGCUAAAAUGACAUUGUAUGACGGUGUCAUUUUUCAUUUAAAAUGUAAAGUACGACAAACUUAUCUGGCCCGAGUAACACAAGUGAAACUAAAUGUGUCAUUUUCUAUAUCUAGAUAAGAGACGUUUUAUAAUUACUUAAGUAAUCACUUAGUGUGGAUUUAGUUAACCUACACUAAAUAUAGCUUUAAGUAACCGUUAAACGUCUCUCUGUGCUGACAGUUAUAAGAUUUUUUGACGGAACUAAUCUCGACAAUAACGUGCCAUUCUCAUCGGGUCAAGAGGGUCUAUCAUGAAUAUU